AUGAGAUCUUAAGUUAUCAUAGGAUUCGCUGGCUCUAGGAACUAUAACAUGGAUAUAAAAUCAGCUACGAUGCAGAUUGUCAGAGGACCUAAAAAUCAGUAGAUUUCUCAAUAAAUUGAGAAAUUAGUCACUCCUACAGAUGUGAGAGAGCUAUAUUACAAUCUAGUGAACUAGUUUCAAGAUCAUCAUUAUGCCAAUUUGCUGCAAAGAAUCCAAUAGAUAUUGACUCUAUCGAAGUUAACUUCCUCUAAGAAAUAAUCUCUGUUUUUAAUGCAAACAAAAAUAUAGGAUAAGUUGAUACAUAGAGUUUAAUACUUUGAUUAUGAAGACAUGAUCUUAUUGAUUAGAGUUCUUGGUAAAAUGUUUGAACAUCGUAGCAAUGCUCUUUUUUGCCAUUAAAUUUUCGAACCAAUUACAAAGAGAAUCACAAGCUAGGACUUUGUGCAACUUAUGAGAAGCUAAUAAGACUAUGAGAAGUUUUUAAGUCUACAAAUAUAUAUCAACUUAGUAUUUAAUGCUUAGUUAGUAGUCAAUUAAUUAGCAGAUAAAACAAUUGAGAAUUGCUUUUAUGAACUAGGUGCAGUCUUUUCUGAGGAGUUAAAACGAGGAUAUUUGAAUCUACUUACUGACAACCCAUAGAAUUUACUUAGAGGUAUUGAGGCCUUAUCUAGGUUUAAAUUUCACCAAUCAUCGAUUAUUAGAGAAUUAAUAAACAAACUAAAAGGAAAUUUAUAACACUAUAAUCAUGUUUAACUAAUUCAUCUACUGAAUUCUCUCUCUAAUUUCUUAGUAGAAAUUGAUCCUAAGUUUGUUAGAACUAUAGUACAUUCCAUUAUUAAGGACAUAGACAAGACAACAAAUCAAUAGAUCGCUCAAUUUCUAGAUGCACUGCUGAAUAUCUAAUAUGAUAGAGAUAUUUAAUUAGGAGAAGCAGUAAUUAGGGAAAUGGAAAGAAGACAAGUACUCUUUAUUGAAAGUGCUAAAACUAAUUCUGAAGAAGAAAAUAAGAAUGCCAAGAAAGCAAACUAUAAAAGUUAAGAUGCAGAUAAACCAGAGAAAUUACAAACUUAAGAAGCAGUUAGGAUAUUAAGAGGAAUAUUUCAAUUGGGCUAUUCUGAUCAAUUUAAUUAGUCCUUCAUACUUUGGAGAAUGUACUCUAACAUGUUUUACAAGCAAAUAGAUUCAAUAUCGAAUAAUCAACUAUAAGAGACUCACCAGGUUAUUAGAAUUAUCCUUACUUAGCAUUAAGAAAGUCCAAUUAGAUCAAGAAUAGAAUUAAUUCAUAAUGCUACCAGAGACUAAAUAAUUAAGAGAGUGCAAAAGUUUAAUUCGCACAAGCUCCUAUUUAUAAUUUUGCUAGAUUUAAUCGGACAUGACAGCUAGAAAAUAUUCAUUGAGAAUACAGAGUUCAUUCAGAACGCUUUUAAAUAAUUUGUAAUUAACAUUGAGGACUUUAGAUAUGCACAAGACCUUCAUCUGAUAAAUCAUACUUUCCAGAUUAUUGACUAGAACUAGAAACAAACUAUACUAAGUCAUUAAAUCAACAAAAGCUUUAAAUUGCUGAAAGAUCAGUUCUUAAAUAAAAAGGACUAUGAACCCACUUACCACAGACUCAAUAAAUAGAUUUAUCUAUAUCUACUUAAUAGCAUCAACAGCUAAUUACCUGUUCAAUCUAUUCAAUAAGAUCAGUACUGGAUUGACCUAUAAAAUGGCAUUUAGAGUUUGUAAAAAAUUGGACUUUAUAAAAAAUUAUAAGAUUAACUAGGGAGCGAUAUUUUUUUAGCUAAUUAAUACAAGUUUUAAAAGUUAGUCCUAGAGGAUAAAUUCAAAAUAUUGCCUGAGGAAUACAAUUAUAACAAAUUACUGUUGCCUCAUCUCAAGAAAUAGGGAAAAAUUGAAAAGAUAGAGCACAUAUUUAAAGACAAAAACAUUGAGUAUGAAUUGAAUAAAGUCAUUGAAUUAGAUGGAGUAGAGUAUUCAUUUGAUUUUUAUCUCCCCUCUAGAAACUUUGUCUUAAAAAUUUAGGACAUCUACACCAAGCAUAAUCCAGACCCUAGAUUCAGAGAUCCUUACAGCAUCAUAGAUUUAAAUAACACAGCCAUAAGAGGUGAUCAAGAAUUCAAUAAAAAGGACAAAAUUGUUGAUUACCUAAAUGAGCACUCAAAUGUAAAUCUUAUAGAUCAAUACACCCUUAAAUACCAUUAAGGUCUUUCACUCAAAUACAUCGAUCAUAAAAAAGCAAAGCAUUAGCCUGAAUCUUUUAUUGAAAACUUAAUUAAAUGA